AUGCCGCCGCUCCUGGCGCCGCUGCUCUGCCUGGCGCUGCUGCCCGCCUUCCCCGCCGCACGAGGCCUGCGGUGUUCCCAGCCCGGCGAGACCUGUUUGAAUGGCGGGAAGUGUGAAGUGCUUGCCAAUGGCACCGAGGCCUGUGUCUGCAGCGGGGCCUUCGUGGGCCAGCGGUGCCAGGCGCCCAGUCCCUGUCUCAGUGCCCCCUGUAAGAACGCCGGGACGUGCCGGGUGCUGGAGCGUGGCGGCACCGUGGACUAUGCCUGCAGCUGCCGUCUGGGCUUCUCCGGCCCGCUCUGCCUGACGCCGCUGGACAACGCCUGCCUCACCAGCCCCUGCCGCAACGGCGGCACCUGCGACCUGCUCACGAUCGAUGACUACCAGUGCCGCUGCCCCCCGGGCUGGUCAGGGAAGACGUGCCAGCAGGCUGACCCUUGCGCCUCCAACCCCUGUGCUAACGGCGGCCAGUGCCUGCCCUUCGAGGCCUCGUACAUCUGCCACUGCCCACGCGGCUUCCACGGCCCCACCUGCCGGCAGGACACGAACGAAUGCAGCCAGAGCCCUGGGCCCUGCCACAACGGGGGCACCUGCCACAACGAGGUUGGCUCCUACCGCUGUGUCUGCCGUGCCACCCACACCGGCCCCCACUGCGAGCUGCCCUACCUGCCCUGCAGCCCCUCACCCUGCCAGAACGGGGGCACCUGCCGCCCCACAGGAGACACCACCCAUGAGUGCACCUGCCUGCCAGGCUUCACCGGGCAGAACUGUGAUGAGAACCUGGAUGACUGCCCAGGGAACAGCUGUAAGAACGGGGGCACCUGUGUGGAUGGCGUCAACACCUACAACUGCCGCUGCCCACCCGAGUGGACAGGCCAGUACUGCACAGAGGACGUGGAUGAGUGCCAGCUGAUGCCCAACGCCUGCCAGAACGGGGGCACCUGCCACAACACUCACGGUAGCUACAACUGUGUGUGUGUCAACGGCUGGACUGGCGAGGACUGCAGUGAGAACAUUGAUGACUGUGCCAACGCUGCCUGCUUCCACGGCGCCACCUGCCAUGACCGUGUGGCCUCCUUCUACUGCGAGUGCCCCCAUGGCCGCACGGGUUUGCUCUGCCACCUGAAUGAUGCCUGCAUCAGCAACCCCUGCAACGAGGGCUCCAACUGUGACACAAACCCUGUCAACGGCAAGGCCAUCUGCACGUGCCCCUCGGGCUACACAGGGCCCGCCUGUAGCCAUGACGUGGAGGAGUGCUUGCUGGGUGCGAACCCCUGUGAACACGCAGGCAAGUGCAUCAACACCAUGGGUUCCUUCGAGUGCCAGUGUCUGCAGGGCUACACGGGUCCUCGCUGCGAGAUUGAUAUUAACGAGUGCGUGUCCAGCCCCUGUCAGAACGAUGCCACCUGCCUGGACCAGAUCGGGGAGUUCCAGUGCAUCUGCAUGCCUGGCUAUGAGGGCAUCUACUGCGAGCUGAAUACUGACGAGUGCGCCAGCAGCCCCUGCCUGCAUGGGGGCCACUGCCUGGACAGGGUUAAUGAGUUCCACUGCGAGUGCCCUACGGGCUUCACGGGACACCUGUGCCAGUAUGACGUGGACGAGUGUGCCAGCACACCCUGCAAGAACGGCGCCAAGUGCCUGGAUGGGCCCAACACCUACACCUGCGUGUGCACAGAAGGCUACACAGGCACCCACUGCGAGGUGGACAUUGAUGAGUGUGACCCUGACCCCUGCCAUUACGGCUCCUGCAAGGAUGGCAUUGCCACCUUCACCUGCAUCUGCCGGCCUGGCUACACGGGCCACCGCUGUGAGACCAACGUCAAUGAAUGCCACAGCCAGCCCUGCCGCCAUGGGGGCACCUGCCAGGACCGGGACAACGCUUACCUGUGCAUCUGCCUCAAGGGCACCUCAGGGCCCAAUUGUGAGCUCAACCUGGAUGACUGUGCCAGCAACCCCUGCGACUCAGGAACCUGCCUGGACAAGAUCGAUGGCUACGAGUGUGCGUGCGAGCCCGGCUACACAGGGAGUAUGUGCAACGUGAACAUUGACGAGUGUGCGGGGAGCCCCUGCCACAACGGGGGCACCUGUGUGGAUGGCAUCAACGCCUUCACCUGCCGCUGCCCUGAGGGCUUCCACGGCCCCACCUGCCUGGCAGAGGUCAACGAGUGUGGCAGUAACCCCUGCAUCCAUGGCACCUGCCGCGACGGCCUCAACGGGUACAAGUGCAUCUGUGACCCUGGCUGGAGCGGAGCCAACUGUGACAUCAACAACAACGAGUGCGAAUCCAACCCCUGUGGCAACGGCGGCACCUGCAAGGAUAUGACCAGUGGCUACGUGUGCACGUGCCGGGAGGGCUUCAGCGGCCCCAACUGCCAGACCAACAUCAACGAGUGUGCAUCCAACCCGUGUCUGAACCAGGGCACGUGUAUUGAUGACGUCGCCGGCUACAAGUGCAACUGCCUGCUGCCUUACACGGGAGCUGUGUGUGAAGUGGUGCUGGCACCGUGUGCCCCCAGCCCCUGCAGGAACGGUGGGGAGUGCAGGGCGUCCGAAGACUAUGGGAGCUUCUCCUGUAUCUGCCCCGAGGGCUGGCAAGGCCAGACCUGUGAGGUCGACAUUAACGAGUGUGUGAAGAGCCCCUGCCGGCACGGGGCCUCCUGCCAGAACUCCAACGGUGGCUACCGCUGCCACUGCUUGGCGGGCUACAGCGGCCGGAACUGCGAGGCCGACAUUGACGACUGCCGGCCGAACCCGUGCCACAAUGGUGGCUCCUGCACAGAUGGUGUCAACGCAGCCUUCUGCGACUGCCUGCCUGGCUUCCAGGGCGCCUUCUGUGAGGAGGACAUCAACGAGUGCGCCAGCAGCCCCUGCCGCAAUGGCGCCAACUGCACAGACUGCGUGGACAGCUACACGUGCACCUGCCCUGCUGGCUUCAGUGGGAUCCACUGUGAGGAUAACACCCCUGACUGCACCGAGAGCUCCUGCUUCAAUGGUGGUACCUGUGUGGAUGGCAUCAACUCCUUCACCUGCCUGUGUCCACCCGGCUUCUCGGGCAGCUACUGCCAACACGACAUCAACGAGUGUGACUCACGGCCCUGCCUGCACGGUGGGACCUGCCAGGACAGCUACGGCACCUACAAGUGCACCUGUCCCCAAGGCUACACCGGCCUCAACUGCCAGAACCUGGUACGCUGGUGUGACUCCUCGCCUUGUAAGAACGGUGGCAAGUGCCGGCAGACCAACACACUGUACCACUGCCAGUGCAACAGCAGCUGGACCGGCCUCUACUGUGACGUGCCCAGCGUGUCCUGCGAGGUGGCUGCGAAACAGCAAGGUGUUGACGUCGCCAACCUGUGCCGGCACGGCGGACUCUGCAUGGACACGGGCAACACCCACCACUGCCACUGCCAGGCCAGCUACACGGGCAGCUACUGCGAGGCCCAGGUGGACGAGUGCUCGCCCAACCCCUGCCAGAACGGUGCCACCUGCACGGACUACCUGGGCGGCUACUCCUGUGAGUGUGUCGCCGGCUACCACGGGGUUAACUGCUCCGAGGAGAUCAACGAGUGCCUGUCCCACCCAUGCCAAAACGGGGGCACCUGCAUUGACCUCACCAACACAUACAAGUGCUCCUGCCCGCGGGGCACGCAGGGCAUGCACUGCGAAGUGAAUGUAGAUGACUGCAGCCCGCCUGCGGAGCCCGGGACGCGGACCCCCAAGUGCUUCAACAACGGCACUUGCGUGGACCAGGUGGGCGGCUACAGCUGCGCCUGCCCACCCGGCUUCGUGGGGGAGCGCUGUGAGGGUGACGUUAACGAGUGCCUAUCCAACCCCUGCGACGCCCGAGGCACCCAGAACUGUGUGCAGCGUGUCAACGCCUUCCACUGCGAGUGCCGGCCUGGCUACACCGGGCGCCGCUGCGAGUCAGUUGUCAACGGCUGCAAGGGCAAGCCCUGCCAGAAUGGGGGCACAUGUGCCGUGGCCUCCAACACAGCCCGUGGCUUCAUCUGCAAGUGUCCCCCGGGCUUUGAGGGCGCCACCUGUGAGAACGAUGCACGCACCUGUGGGACCCUGCGUUGCCUCAAUGGCGGCACCUGCCUGUCGGGCCCACGCAGCCCCACCUGUCUCUGCCUGGGCCCCUUCACCGGCCCCGAGUGCCAGUUCCCGGCCAGCAGCCCCUGCGUGGACAGCAACCCUUGCUACAAUCAGGGCACCUGCGAGCCCACGACCGAGAGCCCCUUCUACCGCUGCGUCUGCCCCCCUAAGUUCAACGGGCUCUACUGCCACAUCCUGGACUAUAGCUUCAGCGGCGGCGCCGGGCGUGACAUCGCGCCACCGCCCAUAGAGGAAGCCUGCGAGAUCCCCGAGUGCCACGCCGAUGCCGGCAACAAGGUGUGCAGCGUCACCUGCAACAACCAUGCGUGUGGCUGGGACGGCGGCGACUGCUCCCUCAACUUUGAUGACCCCUGGAAGAACUGCUCGCGCUCCCUGCAGUGCUGGAAGUACUUUAGCAACGGCCACUGCGAUGCGCAGUGCGACUCGGCCGGCUGCCUCUUUGACGGCUUCGACUGCCAGGGCAGCGGGGGCCAGUGCAACCCGCUGUAUGACCAGUACUGCAAGGACCACUUCCGGGACGGGCACUGUGACCAGGGCUGCAACAACGCCGAGUGCGAGUGGGAUGGGCUGGACUGCGCGGAGCGCGUGCCCGAGAGGCUGGCGGCCGGCACGCUGGUGGUGGUGGUGCUGAUGGCGCCCGAGCAGCUGCGUAACAACUCAUUCCACUUCCUGCGUGAGCUCAGCCGCCUGCUGCACACCAACGUGGUUUUCAAGCGCGACGCACAAGGCGAGCAGAUGAUCUUCCCCUACUACGGCCGCGAGGGGGAGCUGCGCAAGCACCCCCUCCGGCGCGCCGCCGACGGCUGGGCUGCGGCGCCCCGCGCCCUGCUCAGCCAGGUGCAGGCUGCGCUGCUGCCCGGGGGCAGGCGCCGGCGCAGGGAGCUGGACCCUAUGGACAUCCGCGGGUCCAUCGUGUACCUGGAGAUUGACAACCGGCAGUGUGUCCAGUCGUCCUCACAGUGCUUCCAGAGUGCCACGGACGUCGCUGCCUUCCUGGGGGCACUGGCUUCACUGGGCAGCCUCAACAUCCCCUACAAGAUCGAGGCCGUGCGGAGUGAGAGCGUGGAACCCCCGGCCCCAGCGCCGCUGCACUUCAUGUACGUGGCCGCGGCCGGCUUCGUGCUGCUGGCCUCCGUGGGCUGCGGGGUGCUGCUCUCUCGCAAGCGCCGACGGCAGCACGGCCAACUCUGGUUCCCCGAGGGCUUCAAGGUGGCCGAGGCCAGCAAGAAGAAGCGGCGGGAGCCCCUCGGGGAGGACUCCGUGGGCCUCAAGCCCCUGAAGAACGCCUCCGAUGGCGCCCUCAUGGACGACGGCCAGAACGAGUGGGGAGACGAUGACCUGGACACGAAGAAGUUCCGGUUUGAGGAGCAGGUGGUCCUGCCCGACCUGGAUGACCAGACAGACCACCGGCAGUGGACCCAGCAGCACCUGGACGCCGCCGACCUGCGCGUGUCUGCCAUGGCCCCUACGCCACCCCAGGGCGAGGGCGAUGCUGACUGUAUGGAUGUCAACGUCCGUGGGCCCGACGGCUUCACGCCCCUCAUGAUAGCCUCCUGCAGCGGAGGGGGCCUGGAGACGGGCAACAGUGAGGAGGAGGACGAUGCCCCGGCAGUCAUCUCCGACUUCAUCUACCAGGGCGCCAGCCUGCACAACCAGACCGACCGAACGGGCGAGACCGCCCUGCACCUAGCCGCCCGCUACUCGCGCUCCGACGCUGCCAAGCGCCUCCUGGAGGCCAGUGCAGAUGCCAACAUCCAGGACAACAUGGGGCGGACCCCGCUACACGCAGCCGUGUCUGCGGAUGCGCAGGGAGUGUUCCAGAUCCUGAUCCGGAACCGAGCCACAGACCUGGAUGCCCGUAUGCACGACGGCACCACGCCGCUGAUCCUGGCUGCGCGCCUGGCCGUGGAGGGGAUGCUGGAGGACCUCAUCAACUCCCACGCCGACGUCAACGCUGCCGAUGACCUGGGCAAGUCAGCCCUGCACUGGGCCGCCGCCGUGAACAACGUGGAUGCCGCCAUUGUGCUCCUCAAGAACGGGGCCAACAAAGACAUGCAGAACAACAAGGAGGAGACGCCCCUGUUCCUGGCCGCCCGAGAGGGCAGCUAUGAGACGGCCAAGGUGCUGCUGGACCACUUUGCUAACCGGGACAUCACAGACCACAUGGACCGCCUGCCUCGGGACAUCGCACAGGAGCGUGUGCACCACGACAUCGUGCAGCUGCUGGACGAGCACAACCUGACCCGCAGCCCCCCGCUGCACGGCGCCGGCCCCAGCGGUGCCCCCACCCUGCCGCCCCCGCUGUGCUCCCCCAACGGCUACCUGGGCAACCUCAAGCCGGCCGUGCAGGGCAAGAAGGCCCGGAAACCCAGCACCAAGGGCCUGGCCUGCGGGGGCGGCAAAGAGGCCAAGGAGCUCAAGGCUCGGCGGAAGAAGGCCCAAGGCGGCAAGGGCUGUCUCCUGGACGGCGCCAGCGUGCUGUCGCCCGUGGACUCCCUCGAGUCGCCGCACGGCUAUCUGUCGGACGUGGCCUCCCCGCCCCUGCUGCCCUCCCCGUUCCAGCCGCCUCCGUCCCUGCCUCUCAACCACCUGCCCGGCAUGCCCGAUGCCCACCUGGGCCUCACACACCUGAACGUGGCGGCCAAGCCAGAGACGGCAGUGCUGGGCGGGGGCGGCCGGCUGGCCUUUGAGGCUGGGCCGCCACGCCUCUCCCACCUGCCGGUGGCCCCCAGCACCAGCACCGUGCUGGGCACCGGUGGGAGCACCAUGAAUUUCACCGCGGGUGGGGCCGCCAGCCUGAGCGGGCAGUGCGAGUGGCUGUCCCGGCUGCAGAACAGCAGGGUGGCAAGCCAGUACACGCCCCUGCGCGCUGUGGCCAGCACCCUGUCCCCGCAGACGCCCACUCUCCAGCAUGGCACCAUGGGCCCAUUGCACGGUGCUCUCUCCUCCGGCACCCUGUCUCAGGUGCUGAGUUACCAGGGCCUGGCCGGCCCACGGCUAGCCCCCCAGCCGCACCUGGUGCCCGCCCAGCAGCCGCAGCAGGCCCAGCCACAGCCUCAGCAGCAGCAGAGCCUGCAGCCGCCCCCACCGCAGCCGCCGCAGCCACACCUCGGCGUGAGCUCAGCAGCCAACGGCCACUUGGCCCGGAGCUUCCUGGGCGGCGAGCCGAGCCAGGCAGACGUGCAGCCACUGGGCCCCAUCAGCCUGGCAGUGCAUACCAUCCUGCCACAGGAGGGCCAGGUCCCGCCCACGGCGCUGCAGCCCUCACUGGCACCGCCCCUGACUACUGCCCAGUUCCUGACGCCACCCUCGCAGCACAGCUACUCCUCACCCACAGACAACACCCCUAGCCACCAGCUGCAGGUGCCCGAGCACCCCUUCCUCACACCGUCGCCUGAGUCCCCCGACCAGUGGUCCAGCUCCUCGCCGCGCUCCAACAUCUCCGACUGGUCCGAGGGCAUCUCCAGUCCACCCACCAGCCUGCAGUCCCAGAUCACCCACAUUCCAGAGGCAUUCAAGUAA